AGGUCGGGAAGCAGUUUGUGAAUCCAUGUGGCGGGGUCUGUGGACCUUGACGGCUCGGGCGACACAUGGGCUUCGCAGACCGUGUUGGCGCCAGGCCAGUGGCACCCUGGGCCCUGGCACCGGCGUCACCAUCUUUGCGCUGAGCUCGGGCCAAGGCCGCUGCGGCGUCGCUGUGAUUCGGGCCAGCGGCCCGGCCAGCGGCCCCGCCCUCCGGAGUCUCACGGCGGCCCGGGACCUGCCCCCGGCUCGUAGCGCCCGCCUGCGGCUGCUCAGAGACCCGUGCUCCGGGGAGCCUCUGGACCGUGCUCUAGUGCUAUGGUUCCCAGGUCCCCAAAGCUUCACCGGCGAGGACUGCGCUGAGUUCCACGUGCACGGUGGCCCCGCGGUGGUGAGCGGGGUCCUGCAGGCCCUCAGUGGUGUGCCCGGGCUUCGGCCAGCUGAGGCGGGCGAGUUCACCAGGCGGGCGUUCGCCCACGGCAAGCUGAGCCUGACCGAAGUGGAGGGACUGGCUGACCUGAUCCACGCGGAGACUGAGGCGCAGCGGCGCCAGGCCCUGCGACAGCUGGACGGGGAGCUGGGCCGCCUGUGCCAAGACUGGGCCGAGACCCUCACUAGGGCUCUGGCCCACGUGGAGGCCUAUAUCGACUUCGGGGAGGAUGACAACCUGGAGGAAGACGUUCUGGAGCGAGCCGACAUCGCAGUGCGUGGGCUGGAGGCGGCCCUGGCCGCCCAUCUCCGGGAUGCUCGCCGUGGGCAGCGGCUGCGCUCCGGGGCGCACGUGGUUGUUGCAGGACCUCCCAACGCCGGCAAGAGCAGCCUGGUGAACUUGCUCAGCCGGAAGCCCGUAUCUAUCGUGUCCCCAGAGCCGGGGACCACCCGUGAUGUGCUGGAGACCCCCGUGGACCUGGCCGGGUUCCCUGCACUGCUGAGUGACACGGCCGGGCUGCGUGAGGGCGUGGGACCCGUGGAACAAGAAGGGGUGCGGCGUGCCUGGGCCAGGUGGGCAGGGCCAGACCAUGGACAGGCCCAGACUAUGGGCAGGGCCAGACCGUGGGCGGGGCCAGCUCUUUCCCCGACCUUUUCCUUCUGUUGGGUUUAUUUUCCGUUUUUCCUGAAUGAGAAGCUUCCUUCCUUCAGAUGGGAGUUUUGGGGUGAUUUGGGCACUCUCAGUUAUGCCUCUGCCUGGGCCCGCCCCUCCUUCUCAUGCCUGGCCACCCGUGCCCUUCAGGGCGUGGACCCAGGUGUUUUUUCCUGCUUCCUCAGGCUGGAGCAAGCCGACCUCGUUCUGGCCGUCCUGGACGCCUCUGACCUGGGCUCACCCUCCAGUCGCAACUUCCUGGACACAGUUGUGACUCCCAUGGGAGCCCAGAGUCCUGCUGGGAGCGGCCAGCGCCUCCUCCUUGUACUGAACAAGUUGGACCUUCUGCCCCGGCAGGGCCUGGCGCCCUAUCCUGACCUGCCCCCGCAUCUGCUGCUGUCCUGUCUGAGCAGACAGGGGCUGGAUGGCCUCCUGGAAGCACUGAGGCAGGAGCUGGCUGCAGUGUGCGGGGACCCGUCUGCAGGCCCACCUCUCCUGACUCGCGCCCGGCAUCGGCAUCACCUGCAGGGCUGCCUGGAGGCCCUUGGUCACUACAAGGAGGCAAGCGACCUGGCCCUGGCAGCCGAGGCUCUGCGGGUAGCCCGGGGACACCUGGCCCACCUCACCGGAGGAGGAGGCACUGAAGAAGUCCUGAAUAUCAUCUUCCGGGACUUCUGUGUGGGCAAGUGAGGGCCAGAGGAGACCAGAGACUCAGGCCCACGCUGAGUGGACUCCUAGGAGCCUCGAGGUCUGGGAAGCGUGGCCAAUGAUGGAAUGCUCCUUCGUCCAGGGGAAAGCUCCAUCUGCAAACGGGCAUUGAAACCGCUGACCUUCCUAGGUAAUGAGCUCCAUGUUGCUGGUGGUAACUACGCUGCAGCCAGCCUGAUGUCCUGGCAGGGACUAGCUGAGGGUUCUGUAUGGAGGUUCCCUGGGGGCACCAAACGGCUGCCAGAGUAGGAGUGGAGGAAGAAGCUCAGAGUUUUCUUUG